AAAUGACGGGCUGGGUUUUUGAACAGAAAUACAUGACCAAAGGAAGAUUCAGACACACACACACACACACAAUCCAGGUGGGAGUAGAAAGAGAGAGAGAACUCUGUGAGACAAGGAGCAUCUCAGUAACUAAAAGAUAUGGCCUCUGCUCCUGCAUCAUCCAGUGAGACCUGCUCACUGGACAAGCAUCUAACAUGCUCCAUCUGCAUGGAUACAUUUGAGGAUCCUGUCACUACAGCUUGUGGCCACUCAUUCUGCAAGAAAUGUCUGAACUUCAACUUUAGGUACAACGACAGGGUGUGCCCCCUAUGCAAGAAUCCUCUGAGCAGAGUCCCAGAUGUGAACAUCAUCCUGAGAGAUAUUGUCCAACAGUAUAAGGAGAAAAAGAAUGAUUUGUACACUGGGAAGGACGGCGAGGUGGCCUGUGACAUUUGCACAGAGCAAAAGCUGAAGGCAAAGAAGUCCUGCCUCGUGUGUCUUGCCUCAUAUUGUGAGACCCACUUGAAGAAUCAUUCUUCAACUGAAAGACUGAAAGGCCACAAGUUAGUGGCACCUGUGAAGAACUUGGAUGACAGGGCCUGUCUGAAGCAUGGACGUCCCUUGGAGCUGUACAGCAGGAAGCAGCAGAGAUGCAUUUGUGCUCUCUGCCUGGAAGAAGGUCUGGAGGAGGUCGUCUCUACUGAAGACGAAUGGGAGAAGAAAAAGGUUGAACUUGAAAACGCCAAGACAGAAUUAGAAGCAAAAAUUAAGAGGAAGAAAUCACAGGUGAAUGAGAUUAAUACAUCGCUGAAGAGCUGCAAGGACCAGCUUGAAAAUGAGUGGUGGGAAAUUGAGGCUGUGUUCACAGCUGUGCUCGCCAUUGUGGAGGAAGCCCAGGAACAAGCUCUUCGGCCACUGAAGGACAGAAGGCAGGUUGUGGAGAAGGAGGCAGAAGACCUCAAAAAAGGGUUAGAAGCAGAGAUCAGCCGCUUCAAGACCACCAUCUCUGAGCUGGAUGAUAUAGCUACACUUGAGGAUCACAUCAAUUUUCUGCAGAGCUACCCGUCUCUUCAAGACCUGGAUGAUCACAGGAGGAUCAAAGACUGGGCAGAGGUGGAGUUUGACACGUCACUGUCUUUUGGGACCAUGAGAAAAAUCACAGCAAUUAUGAUGGAGAAAAUUCAACAGAAGCUGGAGGAGCUGACCUCCACUGAAAUUAAGAGAGUUCAAAAGUUUACAGUGGAUGUAAAGCUGGAUCCAACCACUGCACAUCAACGCCUCGUUCUUUCUGAUGAUGGGAAGGAAGUGAAAGAUGGAGGGGAGGAUCGGGAAGUUGACGAUACACCACAGAGGUUUGACAUGUUUGGAAGUGUCCUCGGGCGCAACAGCUUGACCUCUGGGAAAUCAUACUGGGAGGUGGAGGUUGGCAACAAGACUGGGUGGGACCUGGGUAUCACAAGAGGUGACGCAAACCGCAAGGGGAAACUCUCGCUGAAUCCAGACAAUGGUUACUGGGUGACUGUACAUUAUGAGGAGGAAAAGUUUGCAGCUUUGACAACACCACCAAUUCGUCUUUCCUUGAAAAAGAAACCAGAGAAGGUGGGGGUGUUUGUGGAUUAUGAGGAAGGUAUUGUCUCUUUCUACAAUGUGACGGCUCAGUCUCACAUCUACUCUUUUACUGAGUGUUUGUUCAAAGAUGACCUUUUCCCAUAUUUGAGUCCACAUGUAAAACAAGACGAUAAAAACAUUGAUCCUUUGAUUAUUUCUGCUGUGAAACAAUGUGAACAGGACAUGGAUGAAUCAUGAAGAGUGUGUGUGGCUGUGUUGUAUAUCACAUGUUGGCAGUCCAAAGGUUUGGUAGAGGUGGAGGAGGGAUUUGAUUAUAAAAGUCUACUGUCUACAUAUACUGCUGGGUAUGAAAUGUCAAGUGUGUGUGUGUACAGUCUAUGUCCAAUGUGCCAUUUAUACAUGUGCUGUAAUUACAAUAUGCUUCUUUUUAAGUAUCAGAAUCAAAACCAAAUAAAAUCCCAACUUUUAAUAAAACA